GCGCACGCAUCCAGGAUGACGACAACGGAGAAGGAGAAGGGUGCCAAGCAAUUCCAUCAGCAGAAGAAGGUCAUCCAGCGUUUGCUCACCAGUGCCAACGAUGGUGACGUGAACGAGCUGGAAGCCUCCAUCCGCGCCAUCUUGGACUCGACGGCCAACGUGUCGGUCGAAGAUAUCUUGACGGACUUUAAGGAUGCGCACAAGCGGUCUGCAAUCCAUUUCGCUGCACUCAACGGUCGUCGCAAGGUGAUCGCGUACAUCUUGGAACACGCACCAGGUGCAUUGAACGCCGUCGACGAAGACGGCCGCACGCCCUUGUUGUAUGCUAUCAAGUCCAACGAAUUCGCGUCCGCCAAAGUGCUGCUGGACGCAGGUGCUAACCCGAACAUCGUCGAGUCGAACGGGACGUCCUGUUUGCAUGAAGCAGCCGCCCACGGGUCUGUCCGCGCCAUUAAAGCCCUUUUGGACCGCGGAGCCAACUUGAACGCGUCGACCAAGAACGGCACGCCUUUGCACAUUGCGGUCAGCGAAGGACACGACAAGGCCGUGGACGCCCUCGUCGAAGCUGGCGCAGACGUCAACACUCGAAACGAUCAUGGGAUCACGCCACUGCUCUUGGCCACUUUGAUGCGCAAACCCCACGUUGUCACCAACCUGCUUCGUCACGGCGCCGACAUGCAGAUUUGCAUUAUGCCUGGGGUGACCCCCUUGCACGUGGCGGCCGAAACGGGGUUUGCCGAUGUUGUGUCGAUCAUGUUGGACGUGCGGGCCGACGAGACGAAACAAAUUGCCAACCAACGCACCGACGCCGGAGUCACUCCGUUGCAGUUGGCAGCAGGGCUUGGCCACAACGAGGUCGUUGCGAUUUUGAAGCCUCUCACCGCGGGCUUUGAGUCGCGCGACACGGCCGAGUUGAUCGCGACCGAACAAGCUCGAGUUGCCACCGAGUCGGCGGAACCGAUCAAAGCCCCCAAGAGUGACAAAGACCAAGCGCCGACGCCGUCCGACAUUGUGGAUGAGCCUGUCGAGAUGCCAGAAGCAAUUGAAGUCGACGCGUCUGCGCAAGCGAACGCGACGGCGCUGAAAGACGAAGGCAACAAGCUGUUUGUCCAAAAGAAAUAUGUCGAGUCGAUUGCGUUGUACACACAAGCAAUUGCGUUGGCCCCACGGGACCCGUUCCUGUACAGCAACCGAUGCGCCGCGCUGUUGGCAGCCAACCGUGCUCAAGAUGCCUUGCGCGACGUGCGCAUUUCGAAAGCGCUCAAGCCCGACUGGCCCAAGGCGCUAUUCCGCGAAGGCCAAUGCCUGGAAGCGCUGAAGCGUUACGAAGACGCGGCGUGCGCGAUGUGGGCGGCAAUGCAGCUCGCGCCAGAUGACAAGUUGAUCAAGAAGCGAUUCCAGGACUGUGUCAAGCGAGGUCGAGAGGAAUUUCAAGCGUCGUCGGCAGCUAAACCGUAGACGAUAUCGCACCUUUCACUCUUAUCCCUUGCUUUGCUUAUCCCUUG